AGAUAACAUCAUUGUUCUGUGGACUUGCUCUCUGUUUUUCGUUAUUAUACAAGAAAUAUAGAAUCACCGUUGAUGCUAUCGGCAUAUCAGAACGCAGAAGGAGGUGGUUAAUCAACAACCAUGGAUUGGUUAGCCAAUCGUUGGACUGGCGUUGCCGCCGGAAUAUGGAUCCAAUGGAGCUGUGGUGCAUCAUACACCUUCAGUAUCUACUCACCUCUCCUCAAAUCCACACAAAACUACAACCAAUCAACGCUCGACACUGUCUCCGUAUUCAAAGACAUUGGCGCCAACUUUGGCGUCCUCUCCGGCCUCCUUUACUCGGCUGUCACACCUUACGGUGACCGCCUACUUUCGUCCAAUAAGUCUAAAGGGAGUUCCCUUGGUGGGCCUUGGAUUGUUGUGGCUGCCGGUGCUGUUCAGAUCUUUGUGGGCUUUUUCUUCAUUUGGGCUUCUGUUGUGGGCUUGAUCCAUCAGCCUCCUGUUCCAGUCAUGUGCUUUUUUGCUUGGCUUGCUGCUAAUGGUCAGGCUUUGAAUACUACUAAUGUUGUUACUGGGUUGCGUAAUUUUCCACAAUAUAGUGGCACCAUCAUUGGUAUCAUGAAGGGUUUUCUUGGGCUUAGUGGAGCUAUCUUGAUUCAACUGUACCACACAUUUUUUUAUGGUGACCCAGCCACCUUCCUUCUGAUGCUAGCUUGCUUACCUGCAAUCAUCUCUGUGUUAUUUAUGUUUUUGUUGAGGAUCUAUCAAGUGGAAGACUGUGAUUACAAGAAGCAUUUAGAUGAUUUCUCUGUGAUCACUGUCAUUAUUGUUGUGUAUCUCAUGUUCAUAAUACUUUUGCAAAACGCCGGGAGCUUACCGUAUUGGGUACGAGUGUUUACAUUUGUGGUCCUUAUGGUUCUACUAGCAUUGCCUUUUGGCAUUGCCGUGAAAGCUCAUUGGGAGGACUCGAGGAUAUUUUCACAAGCUCCCUCCAUUGAGACGGCUGCACCUUCAAUAGAAUACCAAGAGCUGCCUAGAGAGGAGGUCCAAGUACAGGAUACGUUAGGUGAUGUGUUGCCCCUUGAACAAGAAAUGAACCUCUUACAAGCUAUGUGUACUGUUGAGUUUUGGAUGUUGUUUGUGACCAUGAUAGCCGGUUUGGGUUCUGGGCUUUCAAUGAUAAAUAAUAUGAGCCAAAUAGGGGAAUCUCUUGGGUAUAGUGCUAUUGAGAUUGGCAAUAUGGUGUCAUUGUGGAGUAUGUGGAAUUUUCUCGGCCGUUUUGCUGGCGGCCGUGUAUCCGAUUAUAUCAUGCAAAGAGGUUGGCCACGGCCCCUGUUGUUGACUGUAACUCUGGGAUUUACGAUUCUUGGUCAUUUAAUCAUAGCUUCUGGUUUUCCUGGAAAUUUUUACUUGGGUCCUGUCCUGGUGGGAAUAUGCUAUGGUACGAAUUGGUCCUUAAUGCCAACAAUCACUUCUGAGAUAUUUGGUGUGAAGCACAUGGGUACCAUUUUCAACACUAUUGCUGCAUCAAGUCCACUUGGGUCUUAUAUACUUUCUGUGAGAGUUGUUGGAUAUAUAUAUGACAAGGAAGCCAAUAAAGAAGAUAACUCAUGCUUCGGCAUCCACUGUUUCAUGUUGUCGUUUCUGAUCCUGGCUGGGGUGACUUUUCUAGCAUUUUUGGUCAGUCUGGCGUUGUAUUUCCGUACCCGAAGGUUCUAUAAGCUAGUUGUGCUUAAUAGAUUAAAACAUUAUGCACGGUGAUGAAGAAUGUAUUUGCCAGCAUUUUAUCACAAGCAAAUGGGUUGUGAAUUUUACCUUUUUUGUAUGUUCAAUUUGAAAAAGAUAUCUAUUCCAUUAUUCUUUCAAUUAUCAUUUGUCAUUGUUGUCUUUGAAUUUCUUACCUUCUGAUUGAACUGGGAGGUAUAAUUCCUUAGCAAACCUGGAACAGACAUUCUUUGUGUUUUUCAUAUUUUGAAAUUUUGACAUUCUCUCUUAGGACAUUCUUUGUGUUUAGUUAUUUUGGCGACUCCUUUACUUUGUACAAAUGAAUGCGAGCUUAUAUAGUGCAGUAUUUA